AUGGCGCCCAGGAGGGCAUUUUAUGCCGUGGCUAGAGGACAUAAGCCAGGUGUAUACCCUACUUGGCCGCUGUGUCAAGCACAAGUCAAUGGAUACGCCAACGCACGGUAUAAAAAAUUCGACACCGAACACGAGGCCAACGCGUUCGUCCGAGGCAAUGAAAGUGGGGAUUUUGGAGGGUUGGCGGAAAUGCUGCGCGAUGGGCUGCGGCUUCUAAUGCAGCGAGCGAAGGCGGGCCGAACCGUUACCAGUCAUGCGGCGAUAGCUACAGCAUCUACAUCGGCAGCGGCUAAGAAAAGCACCGGCCGAACGCAGCUCAUCCCACUUCCAACAAGAAGAGUAACUGAAGAAGAAUCCCUUGGAGAUGAUGGUUACUACCGAAACGCUGAAGGUUAUGUCGUGGCCUACACCGACGGCGCCUGUUCUUCGAAUGGCCGAUUGGGAGCGAAGGCCGGCUGGGGCGUUUACUGGGCUGAUGACCACCCGAACAACUCCAACGGCCCCGUACACGGCGAGCAGACGAAUAAUCGUGGCGAGCUGAUCGCGGCUAUUCGAGCUGUUGACACGGCAAUAGAAAGAGGCGUGAAAAAGCUGUGUAUCAAGACCGACUCCCAGCUGAUGAUCAACUCGAUGAAUGACUGGAUGCGCAAGUGGAAGCGGAAUGGGUGGAAAACGGGCGCAAAUACCUCGGUGAAAAAUAAGGAUCUGCUCGUGGAGCUGGACGAGAAGAUGCAGGCUGUUGAUGUGAAAUUCGUCAAGGUGGCCGCUCACUGCGGAAUUCACGGCAAUGAGAUGGCCGACAGACUGGCAGUGAAUGCCGCGGCAAAUGCA